AUGAUGAUGGGGAGGCGCGCCGGCAUGGCGGUGGCGGUGGCGGUGGCGCUCCUGCUGGCGCUGUCGUCCUGCGGCGAGGCGUCGGCGAGGGGACCGAUCAGGAGACCCCGCAAGAAGACGCUGCCGCCAGGGCAGAAGCCUCCGCCAAACUCCAAGUUCUUCCCCAUCACCCCCGGCAGAUUUGGGCACAAGCGCAACUACGAGGCCUCCUGCGCCGACGAGAACGGUCCGUCCUGCUACGUCGGCUGCCCUUCCGAUUGCCCAAACUCCUGCCUCGUCUUCUGCGACUACUGCCUCGCCUUCUGCCCUUGUGACAUCUUCCCGGGCACCUCCUGCGGCGAUCCGCGCUUCACCGGCGGCGACGGAAACACCUUCUACUUCCACGGCAAGAAGGACCAGGACUUCUGCAUCGUCUCCGACGCCGACCUCCACAUCAACGCCCACUUCAUCGGCAACCACAACCCGGCCCUCAACCGCGACUUCACCUGGGUGCAGGCGCUGGGCGUCACCUUCGGCGACAACCACCGCCUCUACGUCGGCGCCCGCAGGGCCGCGGAGUGGGACGAGGACGAGGACCACAUCCAGGUCACCUUCGACGGCGAGCCCGUCGACGUCGACGCCGUCCGCAACGCGCGCUGGGCGUCCAGGGCCCUCCCCGGGCUCUCCGUCAGGCGCACCAAGGACGUGAACGCCGUCGCCGUGGAGCUGGACGGCGUCUUCUCCAUCUCGGCCGGCGCCGUGCCCAUCACCGAAAAGGACGACCGGAUCCACAAGUACGGCAAGACGGACCGCGACAGCCUCGUGCACCUCGAUCUCGGAUUCCAGUUCCAUAACCUCACCGACCACAUCGACGGCGUGCUGGGGCAGACCUACCGCCCUGGCUACGUCACCAAGGUGAACAUCAGCGCCAAGAUGCCCAUCAUGGGCGGCGCACCCAAGUACCUGUCCGAGGGCCUCUUCUCCACUGAUUGCGCCGUCUCCAGGUUCCACUGCAGCGACUCCAUUGCCGCUGCCGGCGCCGUCACCACAUAUGCCUCUUAA